CUUCAUAUUAAAGAGGUAUCGGAAUAAUAGCGUGUUGAAGGAUGUACGUUUUCAACUUAUAUAACAGUUAAUUUCUUCUUCACUUUUACAUUGGGAGAAAAUAAAGAGUAUUAAAAAUGGCAGAUCUCUACGUAAAGGAUUAUACUGACACAAAAGAAACUCCAGUUGCAAGAGUUUUAUUCAUUCAUGGAUUUGGCGAACACGCUAAUCUUUAUCCCGAAUUCUUCGAGUUUUUGAAUCAGCGAAAUAUUGAAGUGUUUUGCUUUGAUCAAAGAGGAUUUGGUCGCUCGAAGAAAUCUCCAAAAUUUCAGGGUUGUAGCGGUGGUUGGAAGCAGCAACUUCCUGACAUCGAUUACCAUGUACAACGAGCAAGCGACACAAAUCUUCCAUUGUUUUUAAUGGGUCAUUCAAUGGGCGGAGGUUUGUCGCUUCGAUAUGGUAUGAUAGGUGAUCAUCGCAAGAAUUUAAAGGGUGUGAUUGCUCAAGCCCCUAUGUUGCAAAAUCAUCCUGAUACAAAACCCGGUUAUUUAUUAUACAAAUCUCUUUCCGCUGUUAGCAGAGUGAUGCCUAAUUUUACGUGGAAUACCAAGAUUAUGGAAACGAAGAAGGGAACUCGAGACCAGAAAAUGAUGGAUCGAAUUCUUAGUGACCCUCUCGCCUCGUCAGUUGGUUCCCUUGAAACAUUGCGCGACCUUAUAAAUUGUUCGCAGCAAACACUCGAAGAAGCUAACCAGUUUCAUUUGCCUCUUCUCAUUGCCCAUGGUACUGAUGACAACAUCAACUUGUACGAGGCAUCUCAGGAAUUUUAUGAACAUGCAAGUUCGAGAGACAAGACUUUCCUCUCUCUUCCUGAUUGCCAACAUUCACCUAAUAUCGAACAAGAACCUGAUAGGACUCUCUAUUUAAAUCAAGUCUGUGAUUGGAUUCACAAACAUGCAACCCUUGGAAAUUCUACUCCCACUCCUACAACUUCCGCUCCCAAUGCCACAACUGCAUCCAUUGUGAAUCCCAACGCUUGAUUUAUUUGCAGCUAUGAUUCAGUACUUCGUGCCAACUAUGCUUCGCAUCACUAGAGCAUAAAUAUGUAUAAAUAUUUCAUUAUGACUUCGAGGAAUUAAAUUCAUUUUAUUUUUAC